AUGGCUACGGAAGAGUCGACUGACGCGGAUGACAAAGUGUUGGUGACUGACGUCGAUAGCAAAGAGUUGGUGACUGACGCCGAUGACAAGAAGUCGGUGACGGGUGCAGACGGCGAAGGGUUGGUGUGUACCAGAGCAAAUUCAAAACAGAUAAUGCAGCAUUUCGAAAACAACAGCCAGAUGUGGGCGGCGCCAUUAUCUCUUGGACAGUAUCUAGACAUGCAGUUCCAGCUGGUCGUGUUUAACGGCCACAGGGCAUCUCCAAAGCAUUGGGCCCUGUUCAAGCCAUGUGACCCGGAAACCAUCAUCUCCAGCUGCGCCGUUCACCUGCGAGAUGCAAUCAUGAACAGCGGGAGGGGUAUGGAGCCUGUCACGGCAGCCAUAAUCACGGAAGUAUUUACGCAUCCAGAAUUCAGAAGGAAUGGGAUGGCAACCAAGUUGCUGAGCAAGGUGAAACAAGAUCUGGACGCCAUGGAAAAGGACCGCGUGGAGUUCAGCAUCAUCUACAGUGGCUCAAGUACCGGAUUAUACGACAAGCUGGGUUAG